AUGAAAGGCCUCUACCCAUCACUCCUCAUAUUACUUCUUACCACAUUGACAAUAUCUGAACCUCAUAAUGGGUGUGAUGCUCUCCAAGGUCAGAAAUCUAUCAGCCUGAAAUCUGGCAAGAUUGACGAAGCCAAAUUCAUUGAGGCGUUGAAAGUCAUCUGCCCUAACUCCGCAAAAGAGCCCUGUGUCGAUGAUGAUAAAGCCAAGGGCCAAUGUCGUACCGCCAAGCAGGCCGCUGGUCCUAUUCUACGCUCACUUGAACGCUACGCAAUCACCGAGAAGAACGAGACUGCCGCCCUAAUCAGCCUGAUGGCUUUAGAGAGCGGCGAAUUCAAGUAUCAAAAGAAUGUCUACCCAGGCCGACCCGGACAAGGCACACGAAACAUGCAGAUGCCGGAAUGGAACGAACGCUAUGCAAGUAGUAUCGAAGAGCUCAAAGAUUCAGCCCAAAAAUUAAAAUGCAAUAAAGAGAAAAUCCUCGACCUACUGCUCAGCAAGGAUGAAUAUGACUUUGGCUCCGCAGCAUGGUAUGCCUCGACACAAUGCAACGCCGAUGUGCGUAGGGGAUUAAAGGAGGGCACACAAGCGGGAUGGGAAAAGUAUAUCACGAGCUGUGUGCAGACUACUAUUAGUGAAGAACGGCUCCGGUACUGGCAGAUUGCGAUGAGAGAAAUUGGGAAACUUUGA